CCCCGGGGCUCCUAGAGAGGAAGAAGAAACGGGAAGAAUAAAAGAUUGCUGGGACAACCAGGAUGUUCCUGCACUGUCUACGUGUAGCAAUGCCAGUAUCUUUCGAAGGAUAAAUGCCACUUUGGAUGAUUCAUUGGACUUCAGUAAAGUCUGCACAACACCCAUAAAUCGAGGAAUUCAUGAUCAUUUGCCAGACUUCCAGGACUCUGAAGAAACAGUUACAAGCAGGAUGCUUUUCCCCACCUCUGCGCAAGAAUCUCCCCGUGGCCUCCCAGAUGCAAAUGGCUUGUGCCUUGGCCUGCAAUCACUCAGACUGACUGGCUGGGACCGACCCUGGAGCACUCAGGACUCAGACUCCUCAGCCCAGAGCAGCACACAGUCGGUAUUAAGCAUGCUCCAAAAUCCACUGGGAAAUGUCCUAGGACAAACCCCCUUGAGCUUCCUGUCUCUGGAUCCCCUUGGGUCUGACUUGGACAAGUUCCCAGCACCCUCAGUUAGAGGAUCUCGCCUGGACACUCGGCCCAUCCUGGACUCCCGUUCUAGCAGCCCCUCUGACUCAGACACGAGUGGCUUCAGCUCUGGAUCAGAUCAUCUCUCAGAUUUGAUUUCAAGCCUUCGAAUUUCCCCUCCUCUGCCCUUCCUUUCUAUGACGGGAAAUGGGCCCAGAGACCCUCUAAAGAUGGGCGUUGGGUCCCGAAUGGACCAAGAACAAGCUGCUCUGGCUGCAGUUACUCCCUCUCCAACCAGUGCUUCAAAGAGAUGGCCAGGAGCUUCUGUGUGGCCAUCCUGGGACCUUCUUGAAGCUCCUAAAGACCCUUUCAGCAUAGAGAGAGAAGCUAGACUACACCGGCAGGCAGCAGCUGUAAAUGAAGCUACUUGUACCUGGAGUGGCCAGCUUCCUCCACGAAACUAUAAGAACCCCAUCUAUUCAUGCAAGGUGUUCUUGGGAGGUGUUCCUUGGGAUAUUACGGAAGCUGGAUUGGUUAACACCUUCCGUGUUUUUGGCUCUCUGAGUGUGGAGUGGCCUGGUAAGGAUGGCAAGCACCCUCGGUGUCCUCCCAAAGGGUAUGUGUAUUUGGUGUUUGAACUAGAGAAGUCUGUCCGGGCCUUGCUUCAGGCUUGUUCUCACGACCCGAUGAGCCCAGAUGGCCUGAGUGAAUAUUAUUUCAAGAUGUCCAGCCGAAGGAUGCGCUGCAAAGAGGUGCAGGUAAUCCCUUGGGUCUUGGCUGACAGCAACUUUGUCUGGAGCCCAUCUCAGAGGCUGGAUCCAAGCAGGACGGUGUUUGUUGGUGCCUUGCACGGGAUGCUCAAUGCUGAGGCUCUGGCUGCCAUCUUGAAUGACCUAUUUGGUGGAGUGGUGUAUGCUGGGAUUGACACAGAUAAGCACAAGUACCCCAUUGGGUCUGGUCGUGUGACUUUCAAUAACCAACGUAGUUACCUGAAAGCAGUCAGCGCUGCUUUUGUGGAGAUCAAAACCACCAAGUUUACCAAGAAGGUUCAGAUUGACCCCUAUCUAGAAGAUUCUCUGUGUCUUAUCUGCAGUUCACAGCCUGGCCCUUUCUUCUGUCGAGAUCAGGUUUGCUUCAAGUAUUUUUGCCGAAGCUGCUGGCACUGGCGACACAGCAUGGAAGGCCUGCGCCACCACAGCCCCCUGAUGAGGAACCAGAAAAACUGAGAUGCCAGCUAGAGAAGCUGGCCUUGCCCAGUGGCCUGUAUUGCCCAAGGCUGGCAAAUCAGGCCUGUACCCUGCACUGGCGCCCAAGGAGCUAGCUUUCUGCAGACAAGGGAAACUUGUAGUCACCUUUGUACUUGCUAAAUCUGUCUUUGUUUCUGCACUAAUUAAUGCACAAUGAGUUUUGUGAGGUUUUGUGUUCAGGGGGUGUGCCAGAGCAAGGACCCUCAGGCUCACCCUCAAGCAAAUGUAGUUUUCCCAGAUUCUAGUUCCUCAUUUUGCAAAUGAAAAGAAAAACAACAACAAACUGUGUGUCCAGGAGGUAUUGACAGAUGCCUACACCUAAGUUUAUUUAUUAAAGCGCUUUCUACAUUCCUCGCAAUACUGGCGGUGGUGAUGCGCAGGUCUCAUCCGUUCAUUCUUGCAGUUGCCAUACAGUGCCUUUCCUUUGUUUAACCCCCACCUGAACGGCAUAAACUGAGUGUUCAGCUGGUGUUUUUUACUGUAAACAAACAAGGAGACUUUGCUCUUCAUUUAAACCAAAUCAUAUUUCAUAGUUUACGCUCGAGGGUUUUUACUGGUUCCUUUUUACACUCCUUAAAACAGUUUUUAAGUCAUUUGGAACAAUAGAUUUUUUUCUUUUCUGGCAGCUUUUAACAUUAUAGCAAAUUUGUGUCUGGGGGACUGCUGGUCACAGUUGCAAAUCAAAGCAUUUGUAACCAAGGGAAAAUUAUUUUAUUUAAAACUGGACCGGAGGGAAAAAAUUACGUCUGAGCAGCUGCUGUAUAUAGUUUUAAAUAGUUUGUCGCACCUUCUUACAUUGCACUUAUGUGGGGUGGGAAGGGUUGAUAGAAGUUUUUAAUCACAGUCACAGGACUUUUUCUUUUGUAACUGAGCUUAAAAAUUAAAAAAAAAAAAAAGGGCUGCUUUUUGGUGGGGGCAGUUGAAGGCUCACAGGAGCCCUUUCU